CUUGCGCGAUAAUAUAGAAAGGGAAACCCUCCCUGUGCAAAUCGAGAGGAAACAGAUAGUGGGUAGUGCCCUGUUCUUUCAAUUUCUGGUCAAUCGUAUUCUUAUUACUAUUGUGUGUUGGUUGGGGAUUUUCUUUUUCUGUAUUCUACGAGGAGAUCACUUUGCGCAAGUCGCAAUGGCUACCACUACUACUACCACUACUACAACAGCUCUACCGGCUUCAAGUCUGGGACCGAUAACGAUUGCGGUGGGAGCUGUAUUUCUGGGUAUUAAUGCUUUCUUCAUCGGGUUGCGAUGUUAUGUUCGGGCAAGGAUCUCGAAGACUUUCAACUUCAAUGAUGUGUUCAUGAUCGUGGCUACGUUCAUUUAUGCGGGGCUUUUCGCUUUGCUCAUCUUCGCUGUUAGAAAUGGAGUUGGUGGUCACACAUCAUCUGCAACUAUAGUCGGAAUUGGAAAUGCUUUGAAGUUUAUAUUCUUCCUCGAAAUCAUCUAUGUCGUCCUCACGAGCAUCAUGAAAGCCAGUCUCGCCAUCACCCUCCUCCAAUGGGCUAAAGUGAAAACCCACAUCUAUCUUCUCAGAGCAGCAAUCCUCAUUGACGCUCUCAUCUGCAUUAUCGUCGUCGAGUACUUUCUCGUCCAAUGUGCUCCAAUCAGCUACACGUGGAGAUUGGUCGAUCCGACCGCCAAGGGUGUGUGCUUGCCAGCCGCUCAACAGAUUGCAGUAGGAUUUGCGCUCUCGGGCACAACUGUCAGUAUCGAUAUGCUGUUCCUGAUCGCUCCCUGGAUCAUGCUCAAAGGCCGUGGCGUGAACUCGAGACUCAAGUUGUACAUUUAUGGUCUCUUCGGCUUAGGCGUAGCAGCAAGCAUUGCGAACUUCAUUCGUCUAGCAACACUUGCCAAGCUCAAGGCUUCAACAGAUCCACUCUUCGACGCAGCACCAGUAUUCCUCUGGUCCGCAGUAGAAGUCAGCAUCGGAAUUGCCGUUGCCGGUAUCCUCGAGCUGCGCCCUUUGAUGCGAAAGUACAACGUGAAGGGCUUCGAAGAUUCUUUCGACCAGAUUGAUGAGGAUAGAAUUCCAAUCAGAUUGCAAAGCAUGGAUAAAUCGAACAUCAGCUUCCCAACGACGAGAGAGAUGGGAAACCAAGGACGACAAUUUUGAGCGAGGGAUAGCCCGGGCGUGGCGUUUUUGGGGUAUUCUUCUUGACGGACCCUGUGCAAGCCAGGUUAGCUUGUUUGUGGUCAAGAGUUGGGAUUGAGCUUUGUUUGAAGAUUGAGGCAGAUAUUUGAUCUAGCGAAUCUUAUUGCAUUUCAGUGCAUUUCAUGUUAGA